AUGGCGGUUUCGGGAAUCGUAUUGGGCCUGCUAGCGGCGGGAUUCGGCAGUACAGCAGCAAGGCUGACCAGAGCCGAUCCCGUGGUGACAUUAACGAAUGGUAGUUAUGAGGGCUUAUACCUUCCGGGCUUUGAGCAAGAUGUCUUUCUUGGCGUGCCGUACGCCCAAGAUACCGGUGGACAGAAUCGAUUCCGCGUUCCACAGUCCUUGAAUGAGACGUGGAACGGGACACGGACGGCUAAGGCUUACGGUAACGCUUGCCCGGACUAUUACUUAUCGGCUGAAGAACUGCAUGGUAUAAGUGAGAAUUGCCUCAGCAUCAACGUUGUGCGACCGGCUGAGGUCCGUGGUAGCAGUAACGGUAGUAGGAGCACCUCGCCCCUCCCAGUGAUGCUAUGGAUCCACGGAGGUGCCUAUCAAUACGGCGGUAGCGGACAAUCCGUGUAUAACCUUACAUACCUUGUACAGAAGUCGGUGGAAAUCGGCUUGCCUGUUAUCGGAGCUAGCAUUAACUAUAGAAAAGGCGGUUGGGGUAACAUGUACUCCGUUGAAAUUCAGGGAUCGGGGAAUACUAACCUAGCACUGCGAGACAUGCGUAAAGCGCUAGCUUGGAUACAAGAAAACAUUGAAGCCUUCGGAGGGGAUGCUUCAUCAGUGACAAUAUGGGGCCAAUCCGCCGGAUCAUUCGCCGUGGGUCAACUUUUAAUGAGCUACGGCGGACGAACGGAUGGUCUCUUCCAUCGUUCUAUCCAGGAGAGCGGGAGUGCGACGACAGCGUGGUGCAACGGGUCAGACUGGUAUCAGCCUAUUUAUGAUAACGUAGUCGACCAGGCCAACUGUAGCUUGGUUCCAGAUACACUUGAGUGCUUACGAACCAUCGACUACGAGACCCUCUAUCCUCUCCUGAACUCAUCAGUUAUCCCCGGUCCGGGUUUCUACCCUACUGUUGAUGGUGAUGUGCUCCCCAACUACCCAUCAGAACUCUUGCGUGCCGGCCGGUUUGCACACGUACCACAUAUCUAUGGGACGGUAUCAGAUGACGGCACUGACAACGCCCCUUUCGGCAUUAAUACGGAUGAGGACUUACGGGACUUCCUGCUCCAUCGCACGGGUUUCGGCUUCCCAGAUGCGACGGUUGAUCAUGUCCUGGAGCUAUAUCCGGACGACCCGACACAGGGAAUCCCUUUAAAUACGGGAUCAGAACGCUUUGCAGAUUAUGGAUGGCAGUAUAAACGAGUUGCGGCUAUCGUAGGCGACGUCUUUUACCACGGGCCACGACGCUUCGACACGCAGAACUACGCUCCGUUCUCGCCGACGUACGUGUAUAGAUUCAAUACUCGACCAUGGGAAAGCACACUCACGAACACCACGGCGAUUGGUAACCCCCUUAACGGGACCGGAGGGCUCGCACCCGCUUAUAAGGGCGUGGAGCAUUUUAGCGAAGUACCUUUCGUCUUUGCUAAUCCAACGAUGCUGGGCCCGUGGCCAGAAUAUCACAAGCUGAGCGACCAAGUAAGUAGCCAGUGGAUACGAUUCGCGCACACGGGUAAUCCGAAUGGCCAGGGAUUACCACACUGGCCGCGAUACGAUGAAGGUAAAGAAGGUCUUAAUCUGGUUCUGCAGACGGAGGCGCAAGGUGGAACGUAUGUAGAAGAGGACACAUACCGGUUGGCUGGACGCGAGUAUCUGACGCAGUGGGCGAGAAGGAGGCACGUAUAA